CCUCCCUCUCUUCGCUGCGAAGGAAGGAGGCGAUCUUCGUCUAGGUCUCCACGCGCUUUCACCUCCGUAUUUUACUAGCACCCCCUCUUUGUCCUCGCCCAAGCCCUCGACCUCAUCCGCCUCGUCUCGCCUCGCGUUAGGUGGUGUUAUCCCUGCCCCUCGCCCGCGUUUCCCCUUCGCCGCCACGCCGAACGCCAUGGGCGCGGCCCAAGACAACCACGAGGAGGCCAGCCCCCUCCUUCCGCAGGAAGGUGCUGGGGAGAAGCUCCCCCCGUCGUCGCCUCCGCAUCCGCGGGCGCUGGAGGCCGCCAAGGGCUGCGCCGAUGGAGUCCCCGUCGUUAUGGGCGAGCCGCUCGCGGCCCCCGCGGGCGGCGUCCCGCGGGAGAGCUGGAACUCGGGGGUCCUCUCCUGCCUUGGCCGCAACGACGAGUUCUGCAGCAGCGACCUCGAAGUGUGUCUUCUUGGAAGCAUAGCACCAUGUGUGCUGUAUGGUAGUAAUGUUGAGAGGUUUGCAGCCAGACCAGGAACUUUUGCAAACAGCUGCUUGCCUUACACUGGCCUCUAUAUGCUUGGGAAUUCUCUCUUUGGGUGGAACUGCCUAGCCCCAUGGUUCUCUCAUCGCACUCGUACAGCUAUUCGUCAACGAUACAAUCUGGAGGGUGGCUUUGAGGCUUUCGCUAAGCAGUGUGGGUGCUGCCUCAGCCUUGUUGAGGAUGAGGAGAACCGUGAGCAUCUUGAGGUUGCCUGCGACCUUGCAACUCACUACUUCUGUCACCCUUGUGCACUAUGCCAAGAGGGACGUGAGCUGCGGCGCAGGGUCCCCCAUCCUGGCUUCAACGGGCGGUCUGUCAUCGUCAUGGUGCCACCCAUGGAGCAGACUAUGGGUCGUGGCAUGUGAACUGUGUCAACAUCUGCUCUUGUCUAGUUGCAUUUGUGUUAUGUGAUGUUCUCUAUUGCAAUGGUGAACUCUGUAUGUUCGUCCGUAAAUACGAGUUUGUGACAUGGGAUCAUGAUGCGCAAUGGGACUCCAGCCUGUUCUUCUGAAUCGCGUUGGUCAAUCUGAAUUUGUCUGCUCCUUGUGGGCAGCCUGUGUAUUGUACCAUUCCGAAUUUAAAUUGUACCAUCAUGUUUUGUGUUUGUUCGCAAUCCA